AUGCAGAUCUUCGUCAAGACCCUCACGGGCAAGACUAUCACCCUUGAGGUGGAGUCGUCUGACACCAUCGACAAUGUCAAGAGCAAGAUCCAGGACAAGGAGGGCAUUCCUCCGGACCAGCAGCGUCUGAUCUUCGCGGGCAAGCAGCUCGAGGAUGGCCGUACCCUCUCGGACUACAACAUCCAGAAGGAGUCCACCCUCCACCUCGUGCUGCGCCUGCGUGGUGGUGCUAAGAAGAGGAAGAAGAAGGUCUACACCACCCCCAAGAAGAUCAAGCACAAGAGGAAGAAAACCAAACUCGCCGUCCUUAAGUACUACAAGGUCGACGGCGACGGCAAGAUCGAGCGCCUCAGGAGGGAGUGCCCGCAGGAGCAGUGCGGUGCUGGUGUCUUCAUGGCUGCCAUGCACAACCGCCAGUACUGCGGCAAGUGCCACCUGACCUACGUCUUCGACGAGUCCAAGUAA